AUGUCUCAUCCAGUGGUUGAGGGCUGGACGUUGUACGCGGUUGGAGUGGCUGCGACAUUUCUAAGAUUCUAUGCUCGGAUGAGGGUGGAUGGCUUCAGAAGUCUCAAAGCUGAGGAUUAUCUGAUGCUUCUUAGCAUUAUCUUCUACACUAUCCAGACGACUCUCGCUUAUAAUAUUGGGAUACUCGCGCAUGGUCUUGCCAACAAUGGAAUGUCAGAAGCAGAACGUGCCUCGAUAUCCCCUAGUGAUCCGGAAUAUGAUCUCAGAGUAAUUGGUUCCAAAAUUCAGGUCGCGGGUUGGACGAUGUACUCGGCACUCAUUUGGUCUCUGAAGCUAUCCAUGCUAUACUUUUAUACUCGCCUUACGAAUGGCCUUGGUCGACAGUAUCGUAUCCGUAUAUAUAUUGGGUUUGCGCUGGUGAUUGGUACCUUUGUCGCAACCAUGAUAGCAAUUUUCGCUGGAUGUCGACCUUUUAGUAAAUACUGGCAGAUUAGUCCCGGCCCUGGUAACGCUUGUCAGGCCGCUAUUUCGAAACCCAUCGUUUGGGCCUCGUUUGCUUCCAAUGUCUCAACUGACAUAUACUUGAUCGCCAUUCCACUUCCCAUGCUUUGGGGAUCUAGCCUAAAAACUAUAAAGAAAAUUGCCUCCAGUAUAGUUCUUGGCUCAGGUAUUUUCGUGCUUGUCUGCGCCACCUUGAAAAGCGUUUUCGUUUUAGUGGAUCCUGUCCAUGGAGCUCAGUUGGCUGGCGUCUGGGGUACGCGUGAAGCCUUUGUUGCCGUAAUGACAACCAAUCUACCGAUUCUGUUCCCGCUCUUUAGAGUCUGGCUCACGCCAGUCUUCGGAAGUAUACUCCGCUCGUCGCACAAGACAUCGUACCAGUAUCCCACCGGCUUCCAGACUAUCGGGGGUGGGGGUCGAAGUGGCAAGAGCAGCGACCCCAGUCGUCGUGGGCCUCCGACUGCAAACCCUAUAUCGGUAAACAUGUCGUUUAACAACAGUGAGGAGCGCAUCGUCAAGAUAGAGGCACACGGUAUGGCCAACUUGAAUCAAGAAAGAAAUAAGGGUGUUCAAAAGGGUAUCAUGGUUUCGAAUAUGGUUGAGAUAGUUCUUGAAGAUAAGAAGGACGGAGGAAGUCGAGGCACUAGUGACUCUGACCGGUCAUGGUAG